AUGGUGUCACAUGACAAUUGUUGUGGGCAGUGGCCGGAGAUGGUGGCCAAUGAGUGGCAGCAGAGGAUGGCAGCGGUGACUGAUGACGGUGGUGGAAGAGGGUGUUGGCGGGUGGCGGUUAGUGGCAGUACGAGUUGGGUUUCAAGCAGCAAAGUUUUCGACAUAAUAAUAGUACGAGUUGCGCAGGUGAUACCUGCUGUGAAAGAAGAACCAAAUGGCGUGAUCCAGUUAUAUUCCUCAGAGAAAAAUGCAAGAGACUCGAGCAGCCUGCCUGAGCUUGAUCAAAUUUUGGUUGAGCCAGGUAUAGAAACAAAAAGAACUACUGCCGCUGCUGUUCAGAUUCAGCAGCACACAGCAAUAGCAACAGCUUGGUGGCUGAUAAAUAGACUGGUAAAUUGCUUGGAAUACCCAAAAACUUGGUUGGAAGAGACACGUAGCAUGCUGAUGAUUGUGGCAACCAUGAUAUCAACUACAACUUUCCAAGCUGCAGUUAACCCACCCGGUGGUGUUUGGCAAGACAAUCAUACAAAUAGUAGCGCUGGAGGCACUACUUAUUGCACCCAAAAUAGCAUAUGCUUGGCUGGAACUUCAGUGGCAGGCAGCGCCCUCCCAAAAGUCUACCUCGCGUUCGAAACAUACAAUACCAUCUCGUUUCUUGCUUCUCUCAGUGUCAACCUUUUGCUUGUUGGCGGAUUUCCCCUCCGAAAUCGCUUAAUUAUGUGGCUUUUAUCAAUGGCCAUGUGUCUCACUCUCACUUCUAUGGCGCUCACCUUUUUACUGGCUUCCCUGUUGGUGGUUCCAAAUACUGACAUUCUCGUUCCGGAAGGAGUUAGAUCCCGUAAAUCCGCUGUGUUCGUUUGGAUUGCGUUGCUUCUAACAAUCGCUUCAAUCCACACCAUUCGCCUUAUCAUUUGGUUGUCAAGGAAAUUGUGGGGCAGGUUCAAGCAUAAGUUCCCAAAAAGCCUCAGGAAAGUGGUUGAUAGUUUGGUGGAUAGUUCGAGAGCACGUCACCGUGCCAACAAAUUCUGA